AUGUUGGAUGGGGCUAGCGUCGUGAAUGGCUUUCUAGAGAAGAUCCUUCGCAAGUGCUCGCAAGAGUUGCGUGGGGUCAAUCGAAGUCAGGUGAAUAUCUACGACCCUCGCGUACCGGAGGAAGACAAGAAACCUCUACGGCUGGCAACUCCACUGGAUGGCCUUGGAGUAAAACUGGAGGAAGCUCUAAUUGUGCAAGUGGAGCUGAACGCGCCGAUCUUUGUUAACCAGAUUUAUCUGCACGGCCUGAGCACGGACUCGCCCCACCUCGAGCGCGAAGAACUUAUGGAAAGAGUGUACACGAGUUUGUGGGCGGAUAACAACCGAUUCGUCCUCUUAUCAGCGCCUUCAGCCUCGGGAAAGUCCUCGCUGUUGAUCCUGUAUGCUCAUCGGUACACCCACUUGAACUGCAUCAAAGACCAACAGCAUGUGAUCAUGCUCAACGACGCUGAAGAACAUUUCGAUGACUUGGAGUUUUGGAAUAUUCUGAUCCCCACAGAGUUGCAGUCGCUCGUGACGUUUGAGAUACGUGAUCUCUUGCUGAACGAUGAAGAAGCAAGGGAGUUUCUGGAUUUGCCACUGAUGGGCUUGCCUUAUCGAUUCAAGAAAAAACAGUUUAUCGACUUGCUGGGCAUCGGUCACGAUUCGCGCGAGGCGGCGAGUAUGCCGCACUUGCAGUGGAUGACUCUGCUGUCGUUGAGUUCUAUUGCAACGACGAAGGAGAAGUUCCACGAGGCGCCCAAGUACUCGCGCUACAAGCGCGCCACCGCCUUCUUCCUGGACUGGCUGCUGCGCGCAAGAGGCCGCGGGCGACACACUGGCAGGCGCGUGCAGCUGGAGACCUUCAGCCUCGUGGUGGAGGAGAUCGCUACUAACCCUUCGAUCCUCACCCCAAAGCUGAUGCAGGAGCUGCCCAAGGCCCUCGCCGCCUGCCAAUGCGCCAUCACGUUCCGGCAACACGUGGCGUCCUUCUUCGCAGACGGAGACGGGGGUCACCAGCACUUCCUGGAGCUGCUUCGCUCGUGGCUUAUUAACUUACAGGGGGUGGUGACGGAGCAACAACAGGCGGCAGUGCAGUCGGAGAGCUCCAAGUUUGAAAAUUAUUAUAACGUUUUGGAGGUAGACAAAGAUUAUUUCCCCGAUACCGAGACGCUGUUGAAGGACAAGGGGGCUUCUAAACGGACCAGGGAGGAGCGCGAGCGAGUGUUCAACGAGGCCUUCGCUACGGAUCUGAAGUUCGAGGUCCUGGACCUCUUUAUGAAGCUGGAGGAGCUGGUGGAAGAGGUUUUUAAAGUUUACGAGCAAGUGAAAAGUGGAGAACGCUCGAUGGUGGAGGAGACGAUCGUGGCCAAAUUGGCGAUGGAUAUGGCUAACUCCAAGGCAGCAACGCUCCAGUUGCACUACCCAGCCUUCAAGACGGCUGUGGUGAUCUCGUUACACAAUCUGGCGCUCAUUUUCCCGGAGAAUUACAGUCGCGACGUUAAUACGAGUGGUGUUGGCAAGUACGGAGAAAAGUAUCGAGAGGAGCACACGCCAAAGUACAUGCUUCUGGAUGCGAACAAGCCGGUUUUGUUCCUUGUGCAGCAGUUCCCGUUCCUGUACAAUACGAUCCGGGUACUGGACUCGCGCAAAGUCACCAUCCCCGUGGUGUUUGCUUGCCUUUGCUGGAUCAAGUCGGUAGCAGCGCUUCAAGGGAACGCCGGCCUCAGUCGUAACGUGAUAAUGUCAUUCAAGCACUCGAGGGAAUUGGUACGGAUCAUGGAGACCACGGUGGCGAAAGGAGCGCUGUUGGCUUCGAGUAAAGAGGUCCACGACAUCUUGAAGGAGUUCGCAGCCAAAAUGAAAUCGACAAGUCGUGACCAUUGUACAGCGCGUUUAAACCCGUUGAUGGCUGGUUUUAUGAUGGUGGACAACAUCUACUAUUUUCAAUAUCUCGCAAGCACCGCUGUAAUGGCGACACCUAUACUCCGUGCGUUUGGGCAUCUCUACAACGCGCUCGUGGGGCAAGAGUACCUUGACCGCAUCCCGUUUUUUGAAAAGAUUUUGGAGCUCUAUGCGUCGAUGAUUUUUACUCCCUCGCGCGCCACGGCGGUUCAUGUGGAGGAUUCUGCGUUGCUGCUGGUCCUCGAUGGACUGGCCGCGAAGCCCUUCUACUUUGACUUGGCGACUACUGGCUCGCAAGACACCAUCGCAUUGGAGCGUGCAAUGGCUGCUAUACCUCGUGUUGUGUGCUACAUGUACGGGAUCGAAUCAAGCACGGUGGGUCCAGAGAAGGAGUAA